AUGCCCAAGGACGCCAAAUCCGACGCCGAAUGGCGCAAAACAUUAACCAACUUCGCAGCCUCCAAGGCAAGGACUUUGCCUCGAGGGUGUGCUCCGCCGAAGACUUCUAAAUGGUACGACGAGUUCCAGAAGAUCCUCAAGUGUCCAUUUGGGACUAGCCACCCCCUCAAACCUAAGGAGGUUCGUGGCUGUGAAUGUGGUUACCACCCUACGGUCAAGGACGACACCAAAAGACCCGAGCCUUCGAUCGACACCAAAGCGACGAUUGGUGGUGCUGGUCCUGUCGCUAGUAUCGCUGGGACCAAUCUGGAGCGGGUAGUGUCCAAGGAGCUAAGUGCUGCUAUGCCGAGGAAGCCUGAAGGUCUCACUGUAGCCGAUGUUAGAGAUGUGAUAGGGUGGCAAAUUCGCAAGGGGUUUAUCGACCUCUACAUCUAUGGUCCUACAAGCGGGGCGUGCCCAUCAUGCGAAGAUAGUUCAAUGCGUGCGAACGCCGUAUCUCGGACGAAGAUGGUGUACAGACAAGGAUGGCCAUGCUACCUUAUCGGGAUCGACCUGAAAUGUAGAAGUUGCGGGGCUCAUUGCUUGUCCUUCGACCCAUCUUACCGCGCCACUCUGACUGAGAGACUCCAACCCUUCCCUUUCAUCGUGUCGGGAAGCGCCAUGUCGGUGUGUAAAAAGCUUAUACUGGCUCUCCGUAUGGGUGUGGCAGCUAAGGUCCUCGAGGAACAAAUCAGGGCUACCAUAAGGUCCGAGUAUGUUACGAGGAAGAGGGAGUACGAAAACGCCGCGGCAGCCAAGCUGGCCCUUAAAUUGGCUGGUAGCUUCGAGCCUUUUCCUCCCUUCCCAGAGGAAUAUGUCGCUAAAUCACCGGCACUGUUACAGGCUUUCUUGGUGGACUAUGACCGAAAUCGCGACGAUUUGAGGAGAGAGCAGGCAGCUCUAGUCUCUACAACAGCCAUCGCCAUCGACAACCAGAGGAAAGUCGUGAAACGCACAAAGAUAGACGUAACUAAGGGAGAGGCAGGUACACAUUAA